GUUUUGGGUGCGUGUGAGGGUGUUGCUUAGCGAUGCUCUUCAGUGUGAAAGAUUUGUCUCCUACGUAACAUUCCAGAAACAAACGUGUGUGUGUGUGUGUGUGUGUGUGUGAUGGAUGUCCAGAGGUCAGAGGUCAAGCUGUCAGUCAGCUCAUGUUUUCUUCUGCAGAGCUGUGAUGUUUCUUCAUUCACUUCAACACUGAGCUGCGUGUGUUGAGAUCCUCCGCUGACGCUUUUCUACUCGUCUGCAUUUAUUUGCUGUGAUAAAACAGCAGUUGAGCUUCUUGCUGUCAACAGCGUCUGAACUCAUUUAUCAACUGCAGACACUGAUCUUCUCAACCACUGUAGAUAUGCUGGGUAUCAGUUAUUGAUCAAGUACAUAAUCCGUGUUGAAAAUCUUACCCUGAUUGAUAUUGAUUUAUAAACCGGGCUGUUGAGUUCGAUGUCAUUUGAUUUCGACACAUGUAAUGCUGGGUUUUGUUUGACUGACAAAAAGAGUCAAAAUAUAGAAACGCAAAGAAAUGAGUUCAAUUGUAAGUGUGUUAGUGUGAAACAGUGUUGGGUGUAACUAGUUACUAAGUAAUUAGUUACUGUAAUUGAAUUACUUUCCCUUGAAAAAGUAAAGUAAGGGAUUACUCUUAUUUUCUGUAAUUUAAUAGUUACUUCUGAUGUAACUGAACUAAAUACUGUGUAAUAUAUUAAAUAAUGGAAACAUUCAAUGUGGAAUUGACAUCAAAAUUCAAAGUCUAACUUUAAAAUGUAUGCUUUAAUGUGUCUUUCUCACAUUUGUAUACUUUAGUCAGUUGAUAAGAAUAAUUUAUGUAGUUAUUUAUUAUUUAUUUGAAUGAAUUAAAUGAGAUGUUUCAUGUCUAUCCUUGAAUCAAUUCUAAUCAAGGUUGAUGUAGGGUACAGAAAGUAAUUAGUAAUAAGAGAGAGUCAUUUGUACAGUAAUCUAAUUACACUAUUGAAUAUGUCAUUAGUAACUAGUAAUUAAUUACUUUUUCAGAGUAACUUACCCAACACUGGUGUGAAAGGCCUGAAAUGCAUCACAGUGGCUCAAAUCACUGAAUCUUUUUGUUUGUUUGUUUGUAUGUAAUGUAAAGUGUGUCACAGUGAUUUCCAUGUUUCUGGCAGAUUGAGUGAGACAGUCUGUGUCGGGGUUGAAAGGCCGGUGACCGGUGGUCAUUGCUAAGGAAACUCUCAUCUGACGUGGAAGUAUUGUGUCUGCGCUCUCACAGGAGGAAAUAGUUCCCGAGUGCUGCCUGUUUCCAGGGGAAUGUUUUAUAGGGGGCGGAUCCUAGAGGGGUCGGAGGUCAUGUCAGUCUGUUACCGAGCAGCUAUAAGCCAUCGACCAUUCGAUGUGCACAAAGCACAAAAAUGAGACGCCUGAUGGAUGUUUGUUAGAUGUGAAGUCCGUCACACACUCUUGCCGCUUCUGUGACUAUCAGACAAAUGCAAAAGUAAAGCGGGUGUGUAAUGAGACAUGACGUCCAUGUGAGUGACGGAGGGCCGGCCGUCUCUCAGGGCGACAUUCUGCUAUGUGUGACAUCACAGCGACGAGCUUUAUAACAGCGGCUGUGACACCUGCUCCGACAGAGACCCGUCCUGAAGUCAUACAGGACAGAACCCAACUGCAGGAAAACCUCACGACAACGUGUUUCAAACCGCUGGAAAGAUAUUUAUUGUCUGAUUCGAGUCUGUUUUGGUAAUAGCUUCAUUUGACCCAAACAAGGAUGGCCUUUUCAUCUCCUCUGAGCUUUGCAUCUUCUCUUCACAUCGCUUUCCUCCUGCUCCUCAUCGUCACCGUGGCGACGCAGGUGGAGGGUCGGCCAUCACGGCAGCGAUCGGACUCUCAGGGGUUGCAGGAUUUGUUCGGGGUAAAGAUCAGCUCGCUUGUGUUGGGACCUUCAGAAGUCAGCGAGGGUUCAGGCAACAGCGUCCCUCCCCUCUUACAGGCCGGGCGUGGCUACGGGGUGGAGUCUCCUCAUGUGGCAUCACGUGCGUUCCUGGACUUCCUGCGGCGUCAGAGGAAGGCGCGCGGGCGCACCAGGAAGGGUGUAGCGCGUGGAUGUUUCGGCAUGAAAGUGGACCGGAUCGGGGUCAUCAGUGGUCUGGGCUGUUGAUACAUACAGAUGAUUCACCUGCUCAGAAGACCAACACACUCUUUCUGUUCUUCAGAUGGGACCACAGACUCAUUUCUGUUGUUUCAACAAAUAUUGGAUUAUUUUCUGUCCAAAUGGGCAAGACACAAACUCUUACAAACUUUACACAAUCCAGACAUUGGUCUGGUGUCUUUGUAUUUUUGACAUUCUGAGGAUUUCUCAGGAAGUGUGUGUGUGUGUGUGUGUGUGUGCGUGCGUGCGUGCGCAUGUGUAUAACCCCUGGCUCAUUGUCCAGUCAGUGUUUAUUUACAUUAUUUACUAUGUUUGACUCCACAGAACUUCUGUCCAGACAUUUUGCGAGUGAGACCCUUUUUCUCAGGGUCAGUACUGAACACUGAAGUUAAACUUGUGAUCUCCAUAAAUGCUA